UAAUUAAAAUAAUGUCUAUAUUAAAAUGAUCGAAAAUAUGGUACAUUUCUCACCAGAAAGGUUAUAACCCCCAACCUCACCAAAUUCAUACCAUGAUACCAUCCCCCAAACCCUAACUAACACCCAUUAUAAACUCCCUAAUCCCAUAUAAAGCUUGAAGAACACGAGGAAUUUCAAUCAAUCCAAUCCCGGAGUUAAACCUCCGCGAAGCAAUCUCAUUACUUUAACUUUUUUGACUUUCCGAUCCAUGGGUCUAGGCUCACCUUUUGAGUUUAGGGUCAGUAGGGAAGGUUUACUAUGGACAUGGUUCUUCUGGCAUGAAGGUGGGUGUACAAGUAUGUAUGUUUCUGAUUCUGGGUCUGGGGGAAUUGCUUUAUGUCCUUGUGACCAGGGAUGCUAUCUAGGUAUGUAUCUAUGUGGGUACAUACCUGUUAAAUUUAUGAGCUGGUCAUUGCGUUUAGGAUUUCUUUGGUGGGAAAUCUUGGAAGAGGCAAGUAUGUAUGUAUGUAUGUUAUCAUCACUUUCUUCUUUUCUUUUAUUAAAAAAAAAAGAAAGAAAGUAAAGUUAAAUAGGAAGAACAAUAAUAAUUGGCCAAUCUGUCAAGCAUAACAAUCCAGAGUUAUACAUCAUUUACAUCACUGGAACCAACACAUACAUACAUGGAAAAAAAAAAAAAAAAGAAAAAAGAAA